AUGUCUGAUGAACCAAUUGCUUUGGAAGACUGUGGAAAACACGAACCAGAAAUGAAAGAGGAAAUGGAGAAGGAUAUCAUAGCAUUGAUGUCCGAAGAGCUGAGUUUGCAGCAGACUGUUGCCAAUGAAACCUUGCAACAGAGCGAAGCACUGUUGAUGAGUGCUAGGAAAGUCUCUUCACACUACCAAAAAGAAGCAGAAAAAUGCACUGCAGGAGUGGAAACUUGUGAAGAAGCAAGGGAGAGGGCUCAAGCGCAACUUGCAGAAGAGCUUAAGGCUUCAGAAGUAUGGGAGAGACGAGCUCGGGAGCUUGGGUGGGAAGAUAUGAGACUAUACUGA